AUGGCGGCUCCGAUGGAGGAAAGCGGCAAUAGGAUCUUCAUAUUACUCGGGGUGAUGAUCUUUGGCUUCUUGCUCGCGGGGCUAGUCUUUUGCUACAUGAUAAUCAAAGCCCGCGAGAAGUCUUUACAGCGUCAACAAGAAGACCUCUCGAGACAACAACGUGAGGGCACUGUCGCUGUCGCUGAUGCCGAACGCAGCAUCGGGUUGACAGCUCUACAGCCAGGGAGACAACGUGCUGGCACAAAAGUAAUGAAGCUCGAACAAAUCAAUGAUCUGUUUCCGAUGUUCCAGUACAAUCGGUCAAAGCAUGAAGCAUCUACGGUCAAAGGAGAAAUAGCUGCUUCUACCGACGAGGAUGUUCUCGAUUCACAAAAAAGCGAGUCUUCACUUAACGCAUCUCAGCAGCACGAAUCGGUAUCUAACAAGAAUUCUCGCUGCGAAGUUCCGGAGUCCGGGCUAUCCGAGAAUCAACCCGAUAAGCCGGCAUCUACCGAAGACUGUUGUGCCGUUUGCCUAGAUGCCAUAAAAAAAGAGAAAAAUCUGAGAAAGCUCGCAUGUAGCCACAUAUUUCACGCCGACUGCAUUGACCCAUGGCUUACGGAACGGUUCGCGCGGUGUCCUGUUUGCAAAAUGGAUAUGAUUUAA